UGUGUGAUUAUAAUUUAAUCUGUUUUUAAAUCAUGUCAAAUAUCCUCGGAAGUUUAACCGCGUUUGACCACAAUUCCCAGGAAUGGGAGAUUUUUAAAAGCAGAUUAGUGCAAUAUGUUAAGUUAAAUAAGGUGACCGAGGACAAUAAGUGUGCUUUGCUUUUAACUCAUUUAAGUGACGAGACAUACCGACUGGUAAGGAACUUAGUGCAUCCGAAGAAGGUCGAGGAUUCUAAGUUCGAGGAGCUAGUAGCUGCGUUAGAUAAACAAUUAGCGCCAAAACGUUGUAUUUUCGUCGAACGGGCGAAAUUUUACGAGGCGACGCGUGACGUUGCAGAAAACAUCGAACAAUGGGCGGCUCGAAUAAGUGAACUUGCUGUACGCUGCGAGUUUGGAGCCCCCUUGGAUGAGCUGCUUAGGGACAGAUUCGUGCUGGGGCUGAGCGUAGGCCCAGAGCGCGACCGGCUGUUCGAGCAGGAUGCUGCCACGUUGACGUUCGCGAAGGCCGUGGAAGUGGCCCAGAAGGCUGCGUAUGCUAGAAGCGCACGUACUACGUCUGUUCCUGCUGCCGUCGUGCAAGUGAAGCAGGAGCCGAUGUACCGGGUUGGUACUAGUCGCCCUGGUACCGGGGGGUCCUCCGACUCUCGACGCUGCUCCGUGUGCGGGCUUAAGAGCCACGACGCAAGUAAAUGUAAAUACAAGAACUACCGCUGCCAGGUGUGUGGACAAAAAGGGCACUUAAAAAAGGUGUGCAGCGCUGAGAAGGCGAAACAGUGUCGUGUUAACUGCAUUCAAGCUGACCUUGAUGGAUCAGCUGAGGUCUCUCAGAGUGCUGAAGGUUGCAAGGAGUGCGAGCUAUUUAAUUUAAGGUACGUUAAUAAUGCACCAAUAUUAUUGGAAGUGGACCUUAACGGUAAAAACUUAACAAUGGAACUUGAUUGUGGUUCAGGGCCGAGUGUGAUAAGUGAUAAAUUAUAUUAUAAAACCUUUUCGGACUGUAAAUUAAAAAAAUGCGAUAUGAGAAUGUGUUUCUACAAUGGUCAUCAAGUCGCGCCAUUAGGCUAUUUCACUACAAAAAUAACAUAUUUAAAAAAAACACAUGACAUCGAUAUUUAUGUAAUGGAGGAUGGUAGUCGGUUAGGUCUAUUGGGCCGUGACUUUAUGACCAAGUUUAACAUGUAUUUUGCUAUUGAUGAACAAAAAAUUAAUUUUGUUAGUUCGGAAUCGUUUCGAAGUGAGCUACCGCGGUUGCUGAGCGAAUAUUCGAGCCUUUUUAAUGAAGACUUAGGAAAAUUUAACAAAUUUCAAGUAGAAUUAAAAUUAAAAGAUAAUGUUACACCUAAAUUCUUUAAACCUCGUACAGUUCCUUUUGCUAUUAAAAAUAGGGUAGAGGAAGAAAUUGAUAGGCUUGUUGGUUUAGGUAUAUUGGUACCCGUAAAUUUUUCUAAAUAUGCGACACCUAUAGUGCCCGUUUUGAAGGACAACGGUAAAAUUAAGAUAGCGGGUGAUUUUUCCGUAACGCUCAAUAAAGAUAUGAUAAUAGAUAGGUACCCUAUGCCCCGCAUCGAAGAGGUGUUUGCGCGGCUCGGUGGCGGUAAUCGUUAUACGAAACUCGACCUUAGUAACGCAUAUAAUCAAUUCGUUUUAUCAGACGACUCACAAGAGCUCACUACUAUAAAUACAUCAAAAGGGUUAUAUAAGUAUACGAGGCUCGUAUAUGGACUAGCUAACGCGCCGGCUAUUUUCCAGCGCACAAUGGAGACACUCCUAGUAGGUAUAGAAGGAGUCAGCUGUUGGCUCGAUGACGUAUGCGUAACAGGACCUACUGAUGAAUUACAUUUAUCGCGAUUACGGGAGGUUUUAAAAAGGUUUUUAUGACUCGGGGUUACGAUUGCAAAAAAGUAAAUGUGACUUUUUUAAAAAUAGUGUAACAUAUCUCGGUUUUGUAAUAGAUAAAAAUGGUCUACGUGCAUGCCCCAAGAAAACCGAGGCUAUUUUAAAUGCCCC